GGAGUUGUAGUCCUGAAAGCCCCCGGGCUGCCUGGCUGGCCGUGGAGCUGCGGACUACAGCUCCCAGGCCUUCUCCAAGCCUCUAUCACGCACAGCCUCAGAGCCCUCAUCCCGGAGGAGGUGGUUACAUUGUGUCUAUUGUAUCCCUUAGCUGGUGUAUUUGUACAUUUCUCUGGACGUGAAGUUGAGAGUGAAAAGCAUGGCAGAUGAGCAAGAAAUUAUGUGCAAGUUGGAAAGCAUUAAAGAGAUCAGGAACAAAACUUUGCAGAUGGAGAAGAUCAAGGCCCGUCUGAAGGCUGAGUUUGAGGCACUGGAAUCAGAGGAAAGACAUCUGAAGGAAUACAAACAAGAGAUGGAUCUCCUGCUACAAGAGAAGAUGGCCCAUGUAGAAGAACUCCGUCUGAUCCAUGCUGACAUCAAUGUGAUGGAGAACACUAUCAAGCAGUCUGAAAAUGACCUAAAUAAGCUCCUGGAGUCUACCCGGCGGCUGCAUGAUGAGUAUAAGCCACUGAAGGAGCAUGUGGAUGCUCUUCGAAUGACUCUGGGCCUGCAGAGGCUGCCUGACUUGUGCGAAGAGGAAGAGAAGCUCUCCUUGGAUUACUUUGAGAAGCAGAAAGCAGAGUGGCAGACAGAACCUCAGGAGCCCCCCAUCCCCGAGUCCCUGGCCGCUGCAGCUGCUGCCGCCCAACAACUCCAAGUGGCUAGGAAGCAGGACACUCGGCAGACAGCUACCUUCAGGCAGCAGCCCCCACCUAUGAAGGCCUGCUUGUCAUGUCACCAGCAAAUUCACCGGAACGCACCUAUAUGCCCUCUGUGCAAAGCCAAGAGUCGAUCUCGAAACCCCAAAAAGCCAAAGCGGAAGCAGGAUGAAUGAAGAGAGGGACAACAUGUGGAGCUGUGUUGAUCAGAACCCCUCCCUCUGGCCAGUUAUUGAUGUCCUGAUGUGAAAUAACUUGUUCCCAACCCCACCAAGUCUCCUAUUUAAUGUGAUAGAAGCACAACUCUUCUCUCACUUUGCUGUUAUUUCUUUCUGCUCUUGGGUUUUCUAGUUUAGGAGGAAAUGUGGUUCAGGUGCUAAUAAUGGUGUGUCUGAUGAUCCUUUCUGUCUUGUCCACAUUUCCACCUCUGCCACUGGUUGGAGCUGAAGGAAGGGCAAAAGUCCUCAAUGGAAUUCUCUGUCUCCUGUGCCUGGGGCCUAGAGCCUGAGGAACUGUAGGAUUGAGGGCUGGGAGAGGCCAUCUCCCUGUACUUUUGCCUUAGACUCUGAAGAGACAGUCUUCUUGCUGGACUUUCAACAGGUAGGGUGCAUAUCUUUCACUUUUAGGCUCAUCUCAUCCUUAAGGUCUAGAGGUAGCUUGUACCAACCUUCCUUUUCAUAUUCAUUUGGGAGAUCUGGCUGUCAUUCUAUAGUUCCCCCCACCACAUCUCCUGGGCGGACUAAAUUUCUUGGAGAUCCAAAAUUUUGUAGCUCUUUACUUUAAACCUUUAAUUUUUGCACACCUGUAGUCAGAGCUCCCCAUGGUAAAAUCAGGAAACCAGACCCACUGUACAAGUACUGCCUAACUCACUGCCUAAGUCACUAUGGAGGAGGACUCUGCUGAUGGACUGCCUUAGGCUGAGAGGAGCACUAGACAAGCAUUUGUUUUGGCUUUUGAUGUGCACCUCCCCAAUGAUGUAUCAAAGGAGAGGAGUGGAUUUACAUUCAAGUGCCAAUUUCACUUUACCUGUGCAAGGUAAAGGGUACCCAUCCCAUCUCUCUCUCUCUCUCUCUCUCUCUCUCCGUCCCUCCCUCUCUCUCUCUCUCUGUCCCUCCCUCACUCCCUGCCUCUUUCUUUCUGUCGCUUAUGGGUCUGCCCUCUUCUGUAAGGCAGCCUCAGCUCAGGACAACUGCUGGCCAUUUCAUUCCUGUGGAUUGUGCAGAUGGUCUUCCCUCCUAAAACAAAAGGACCCCAUAAUUCUCUUCUCCCUCAAAGCUUUGUCUCCUUGUCAUGUCACUCUUUAACUUAAAGGAUGGGGAUGGAGACUGAUAACUGGAAAAGUAUUAGCUCCAGGUCUCAACCCCUGGAUGGAGGAGGGGGUAUUUUUCCUUCCUUUCUUAGCUGUAGUUUUAAGUUGCCACAGUGUCUGUGUGUUUAUAAAAUAAAAUGUUCCUCUGCUCUUUGAUAAUAAGAGCAAUAAA